CCGAUCCGAUCAUCAUUCCAGUUCUGUCACUUGUGAAGUGUGCACGCGAAAUUUUCAAGAAAAGUGAUUUUCUGAUUCAAUAUGCCGAAAAAACUAAAAGUUGUUGUGAAAUCGUUGUUUGGUCACGAAAUCCGGAAGGAUGUUAGCUUGGACAGUUUAAAGUCUUUGAAACUGGAGGAUGCCUGGCCUUUUAUCAGGGAGGAGAUCGAAAUUGAGAUUGGAAGCAGCCAGCUCGUUUGUAUUCCACACAUAACGGAAGCAGAUUUGUACAAAGUUACGUCGCUGUUCGUCCCAAAUGAGAAGGAAACGAAUGGCAAAAUGUUUACGCCACUCGGCGAGCUCCGAAACAACAUCAACACUGAGAAGUCCAAUCCCGAAUACGUGAAACUAUUGACCGAAGGCGACCUACAAGAACCUGACUUCAAAUUUCCUCAUGAUAGUGUGAAGAUAACUCUACAAGAUGAGGCAAUAAAGAACAAAGUCAGAGUCAUCAUGGUGAAUUUCUCAAAGUCAUCCAUACCAAAGGGCAAAGAUCUAGUUAACAAUGUUUACUUAGAUGUCAAAAAUAAUAAGGCUCUCCAAGGCAAGAAGUCAGUGUACAUGAUCACAAAUGUGCUCUAUGCCAAGACAAUAGAGUUCAGAGUGACUCGCGGCACCUCCUCAAGAAUCUUCCAUCUUGGCAAUGGAUCUCCACUGGUGUUUGGGCUUGAAGAGUUCCUUAUUGGGGAAGACGGCAAAUUGACUGCAAAGAAUCCAGUGACGAUUAAGUCCAAGUCCCUUCACUGGCAGAAAGUAGAUCCAUUGGACCAGUUGUACCAGCCUGAGCGAGCCACCGCAAACGCCUAAUCUUCAGAAGAAACAAAAAGGAUAGUUACUCCGCUUGAAACCACAUUGUUCGGGCAAAUAUUUCUUGAAUGGUAGAUACAUGUGGUACCCGAAGGUAUGGGCGUUUAUACAUAGAAAAUCUCUAUGGUAUUGAUAUGAUAACUGCAAAGCAUCACUUACUGACUAUAAAUUUAUCAAUUUCUGCAUUGACAUAUUUUACAUUUGUAAUAUUCGUCUGUUUACUUUUUAUCAAAAUGAUAUGUGUUAAUUUGUAAUUUAACCUUAAGAUAUUUUAUAAUAUGAAAAAAAAACAUCACUUGAAGGGUUUUUUGGAGUCUUUUUAUAGUUAAAUAGAAAUACCUAGUUUUUUGCAGUUUUAGUUUAAAAAUGGCACAGCCAUGACUAUUUGUACGGGAGGUUUCUGUAGUUAAUUAAUGACGAUUCUGUGUAGGUAGGGAAUGUAUAAUCAUGCUGCUAUAUAAUUUCUGGAAAAUAUUAUUAAGUUCUUAGGCAGCCUUUUUCUCCCCAUUAUCUAUUGUAUAUGAAUAUACAUUUAUGUAUUGUAAAUAUUGUAACAGAAGCUUAUUAUGUCUGUAGCUAUAGAUAUUUCGGAAAAACUAACAACUAUUCUGUGUUAAGUGUUUCCGUAAAUUGGUGUACCUAUGUAUGUUUUUUACAUUCCACUUUCGCUUGAGUGACUUAAUAUUCAAUGAACUUCAUAAUAGUGUUAGUUCAGUUACUGUGGCUGACCCAUAGCAUUAGAAUAAACGUGUUUAACAUCAAUUUCCUGUGAUUAAAAUAGGAUUUUCAUUCCAUCAGUAUUCUAUAUGUGUAGGUAUUUAUUUUCAUUUACAUAAUAGGAACCAAAAACUGUACUUACAAAAUAUCAUACCAAAACCUACUUUAUUUGUGAAUCAUGUUAUCAUGAGUGUUAAGUGUGUGAUUUAAAUGUUGUCACUGACAUUAUGUGAUUUUAAUUAAGUAUUAUUUUAUCAAUUAUGUUUGACCCAUCAUCCGAAUGUACUGUGAUUACAUCGCAAUCAGUUUUACACUUUAAAUUAUUGUGAAAUAAACACUACUUGUGUAGAGAAA